AUGAAGCUUUCAACUGUCCUUCUGGUCGUGUGCCUGGUUGCCUUGGCUGCCACAGUUGCGCUCAGCGCUGAAGUUCAAGGUGAGCGCCGGGGCGAAGGCGGCCGUGGCCACGACUGCGAGAAGACCACCACGAAGAAGCAUGACUGCGAGAAGACGACCACCAAGAAGCACGAGUGCACCACCACCAAGAAGCACGACUGCGAGUGCACCACCACCAAGAAGCACGGCUGCGAGACGACCACCAAGAAGCCCGAGUGCACCACUACCAAGAAGCCCGAGUGCACGACCAAGAUGCCCUGGGACGAUGACAAGAAGGAGUGCUACUGGAAGUGCUACAAGGUGUGCCCCAAGAAGCCCGACCACACCUCGACGACCACCAAGAAGCACAGCACUACCACCAAGAAGCACACCACGACCACCAAGCAUUGCCCCAGGCAGUAG